UAGCUUAUCCGACCACCAGCAGCAGCCCAGUGCAAAGUGUCAUUCUUCGUACCGCCGUGUGUGUGUGUGUGUGUCAAGUGCAGUUUCUGUAUCCUUCCCCAAAAAUCCAAAAUGGUUGCUAAGCGUUGUUUCCUGGUUGCCGCUCUGGCUGUGGCUGCAUUCGGUGCGGUGGCGUACGCCGAAACGAGCAAGGAAGAAUCGGCCAUGAUCAAUCUGAUCAACGAGAUCGACAACGAGCCGCGGUUCCCGCUGUUCGGUGGGCUCGCCGUUGAGCGCUCGAACGACUACGAGGCCCGUGCCUUCGGUGCCCGCUCGAGCGAGGACCUUGCUGACCGGGCCGUUCGGUACCUUGCCUCGCACACGCUGAAGUUCAACGUUCCUUCCGAGGAGAACACCGUCGAAGAAGCUCGCAGCAGCCGUCUGAAGAAGAUGCUUUUGCCUCUGCUGCUGGCAAUGAAGCUGAAGAUGGCCGUUGUGCUGCCAAUCCUGCUCGCGAUCGUGAAGUUCAUCUCGCUCAAGGGUCUGAUCGCCGGUCUGAUGGCUCUGAAGUUCUCCAUCUUCACCGUCCUGAAGGAUCUGUUCCAGAAGAAGCAGGAGCGUGUGACCACCGCUUACAUCACCAGCGCUCAGCCCGUGAACGCCGAGAUCGUCCACCAGGACUGGAACCGCAAUGGACAGGCUGCGGCUCACGAGCUGGCCUACGGUGCCUACCCGUACGCUACCCUAGCCUAAUGGUCGAAGCAGGAUCCAACUCCUAUUCGCCAUUAUCACCGCUACCAAACCAACCAAAAACCGUCGAUCGGAUGACGGCGAUGAGCCUUUAUUUAUUUGCUUAAUUUUAAUAAUUUAUUGAACGAGCAUGACCCUUGGCCACGCCCUGCCUUGAUGCGGUACCGGUACACCGGCGCCCUCCGUCAACGUAUGUGGAUGUGUGUAAAUAAAAAGGCGUACAGGCAAAUGAAAAA